GGAGGGAAGUAGCGGAGUAGCAUUGGGAGCCACGUGGCUUACCAAUUUCGGUCCCAGGCGUCCGGCAGUGGUGCUGUUGCUACUUAUCCUCUGAGUACGGUCUCCAGUGUGCAGCAAUGAAGUUCACAAAACCCGCUUGGGUUAUGCACAAGGACAGUUCCAAAACCGACCACGAUACGAAGCGUCUCUCCAUAUUCUCCGUUCAUGUUCAUCCUGAUGGUUCACGCAUAGCGACAGGAGGGUUAGAUGCAAAAAUUCGUAUUUGGAGCACGAAACCUAUCCUUAACCAUGCAUCCGAAAUGUCAAAUCGACCACCAAAGUCUUUGUGCACACUGAGUAUGCACACAGGUCCCGUAUUGACGAUUAGGUGGGCACAUUCUGGGAGGUGGCUUGCAAGUGGGAGCGACGAUGAGAUUGUGAUGAUAUGGGACCUUGAUCCAUCGGGUAGGGGCAAGGUCUUUGGUUCCAAUGAGGUCAAUAUAGAGGGAUGGAAACCAAUGAAGCGACUUCCAGGCCAUGAAAGCGACGUGACCGACCUGGCAUGGGCCCCAGAGGAUCGUUACCUCGCUUCAGUUGGCCUCGAUUCUGUCGUCAUGGUUUGGUGUGGAUAUACCCUGGAGCGUCUUAGAAAGCUGGAUCAACAUCAGGGAUUUGUGAAAGGCGUCUGUUGGGAUCCUGUGGGUGAAUUUAUGGCCACUCAAUCCGACGACAAGUCCGUCAAAAUCUGGAGAACGACCGAUUGGCAACUUGAGGCAGAAAUCAGAAAACCCUUCGAGGACUCCCCCGGUAGCACGUUUUUCCGCCGUCUUAGUUGGUCGCCUGAUGGUGCUCACAUCACUGCUUCGAAUGCAACGAACAAUAAAGGCUUCGUUUUCAUCGCAGCUGUCAUAACUCGUGGUACUUGGACUUCUGAGAUUAGUCUGGUUGGUCAUGAGAACACAGUUGAGGUUGCGGCCUACAACCCCCAUAUCUUUCUGCGAAAUCCCACAUCACCUAUAGCUACAUCCAAUAUAUGCUCUGUAGUUGCUCUUGGUGCGGAUGACAGAUCUAUCUCCAUCUGGCAGACAAAAUCAGCACGACCUCUUAUCGUCGCACGUGAAGUUUUUGAACGACAGAUAAUGGACCUCAGCUGGUCCUGGGACGGUCUGACUCUCUAUGCUGCAUCCUCGGACGGAACGAUAGCCAGCAAAUAUUUACUCAAGUUUGGCUUUGUAUCGCCACCGACUCCAGAAGGAUUCUCGCACGGCAGUUUCACCCACAGUACAACUGCUGCCUCAGCAUCAAGGAUCACACCACCACCCUCCCCAAACCGUGCCCCAUCGCAAUCGCAAUCCGGUUUUGGUGCGUCGAAUGGGGUUAAUGGUGCCGAGCACAUCAACAAACUUGUUGCAAAGAAGAGCAACAAGAAGAGAGUGCAACCCGUGCUUAUGUCGUCUGUUCCUUCUGCAUCGACAUCACGCUCAAACCAAGUAUCAACUUCCGUGCUACCGCCUCCAGCAAGUGGUCUCGGAUCGCGUGCAUUCCAAGUACCAGAGAUUCCUCGAUCACGCCAGGCAUCACAUUCUGCAUCACCCGUGCCAAGCCCACGAACUUAUGACGCCGAUAUUGAGAUGGGAGGACCGAUGGAUAUGGAUGUUCCCAUCGAUGCACUUGACACGAGUAUGUCAAGUGCACACAAGGGCAAACGGAAAGCGUCGGUACUUGAUACGCCUGACGACCGGCCGUCUAAACCCCGUACCCUUGGUGGUGAUCGGCCAAGAGAGACAGUCGUAGUGCGAGAAAUUACAUCGGCAGGUUUGGUCUCGACGCGCCCACAUCUAUUUGAGGGUGCAGAUCUGCUGCCCGUCCCUCCCCUGUUGACAUUCUUAAGCGCCAAUGUAGAGGGAAGCGACUGUGUCUUUGAGGCUCGAAAUUCAGAUGGAGACGGGGUUACAGAAGUCACGUUCGCUGAUGGGAAGCAAACAUUGUGGCUGGAUUAUCUACCAUCUUCUGUGCUCGCGUUGACUGCGUCCACCACAUUCUGUGCUGCUGCUACGCAAGACGGCUCUGUCAACGUGUAUUCACACACAGGUCGAAGGUUGAUGGCGACUCUAAGCUUUGGCUCACCUUGCGCGAUGAUGCAUGGCUACAAGUUGGCAUUAAUGAUACUCACGGCUUCUGGUCAGCUAAGCUCGAUAAAUGUGAAGAACGCUACAUCCUUCUUCCCACCUACAUCUGUUGCACCCCUCCUCUCUUCUUCGCCGAAUUGCACGAUAUUAUCUGCCACUGUUCGACAUAACGGCGCACCGAUGAUUCAUUGCUCUUCGGGUAUCGCGUAUACUUACGAUGUUCAGCUUUUCUCCUGGACAAAACUGAGCGAGCGCUGGUGGGCAGAGGGCUCGGAUGUAUGGCAAGGUCGUCAACGAGCCAACAAAGACAAAGACGUCGUCGCCUCCAUUGAGGGUGCAAUCGGCAGCACAAGUGUCCCAGCGCCUCACAAAGAGCGCCCCACGUGGUGGAAUACGGCGCUCACACUCGGCCAUCUAGAGAGCAAGUUGCAUGCCGCCAAAGCGCUGGAUAGCGCUCCUGAAUAUAAGCAAGCACUUCUGAUUUAUGCCAGGAAACUAGCAGAUGAGGGUUUCAGGGCGAAGGCAGAGGAGCUUAUCAAGGAGCUUUUCGGCCCCAUAUUUUGGCGACCUGGUGGAAGGGAUGACUCUUGGACGCCUAUCGUGGCAGGCAUGCCCAAGCGCGAUCUUUUGCGUGAAGUAUUGUCGGUCUUUGCUCGAAGCAAGACACUCACCAAGUUGGCCUUAGACUGGCAAGACACUCUCAGGAAAGCGUCAAGUGAUGACCAGCUAUGAUGAUACUUCCAGAUAGAUAGAAAGGUUCUGACUUUCGUUGUGAUUCAGCUUUACCACUGGACUAUUUGUUUAUCAUGCGCAUCGUAGCUGGAUGCUUCGCUCGAGAACAUGCAGUAUUUAUUUCGUGGAAUUCUUUGGCUCUGCCUCGCAAGAUACAGUGACAAGACCAAACAAAGACAUUUGUAUUUGUAGCGGAAGCGCUCCAUGGUGAUGUCAUUCCCACGAUGCGAGGAGUCGUGCCCCUGAAUUGAUGAUGAUGUGUCACGUCACUCUUA